AUGACGGUGGCCGUGCGAAUCAUUGCGUUGUCGGUGUUGUUGUUGGUCGACUACUGUGAGUUCUCAGCGGCGGCACCGGCGACUAGUUUGACCAAGCCCAAAACGUAUCUGGUGAGACACGAGAGCGUCUCGGAUGCAAAAGGCCAGUUCAUUUAUGCGCUUGACGACGGAACGACUCAGACGAAAAAAGGAACGCUGCCGCAGAACGACGAUGGAACCGGUUUCGUGAUGAACCAAGAGGGGUUGUACUCGUUCAUCACCCCCGAAGACGUCAACGUAAAAAUGUCGUACUCGGCCGACAAGAACGGUUUCGUAGUGAAAGGACACCCUCUUUAA